CAGCUUCGUGAGUGGUACUCUCGGCGAUGUCGAGGUGCUGCUGGUGCUGGAGCUGAUGGAGCUGCUGGAGGUGCUGCUGGAGCUGCUGGAGGUGCUGCUGGUGCUGGAGCUGCUGGAGGUGCUACUGGUGCUGGAGGUGCUGCUGGUGCUGGUGCUGCUGGAGCUGCUGGAGGUGCUGCUGGAGCUGCUGGAGGUGCUGCUGGUGCUGGAGGUGCUGCUGGUGCUGGAGCUGCUGGAGCUGCUGGAGGUGCUGCUGGUGCUGGAUCUGCUGGAGCUGCUGGAGGUGCUGCUGGGACUGGAGGUGCUGCUGGGACUGGAGACCCUGGGGCUGAGGGUACCGGUUCUGUCUCUGCUGUUUCUGGAGGCGCUGCGCGGCCGCGGCCGUACUACGUUCCACUCCUUCACCAGCGUCGUGAGCCUGAGUCACGUUCUGCGUCGCCUGUCCGUACUGUUCGCGCUGGUCGUGUUUCGCGUCCUCCUAUCCCUGGCACUCACUCUAUGACUCUGCGUCCUUCCACUGCUCCCAAACUUGUCCCUCUGCCGUCUCCUCCUGCGUCCUCUCUUCCUGCUGGUCUGGACCCUGCGUCUGACUCCCUACGUGCUGCUAGUCCAGCAGUCAAGCGCUUUCUAGCCACUGCUGUCACUGACCCUUUGUUUGAGUCCACUGUUGCGUCUGCUCUUGUUACUGAGCUUGUUGACUUUGCUGCAGCCUGUCGCCUAGACUACGCCACUAGUCUUGUUGCUGAGUCUGCGUCUGCGUCUUGGCAGGCAGCCAUGGACGCCGAGAUGGCUUCCUGGAAGUCCACAGGCACCUACGUAGACGAGGUUCCCCCACCUGGGGCGAACAUCGUCAGUGGCAUGUGGAUCUUCAGGGUGAAGCGGCCGCCGGGUUCUUCGCCUGCCUUCAAGGCGUGUUACGUUGCACGUGGCUUCAGACAGGGACAGGGAGUUGACUUCUUUCAGACCUUCUCCCCUACCCCGAAGAUGACCACUCUUCGGGUACUGCUGCAUGUUGCUGCUCAGCGUGACUACGAGCUCCACUCGCUUCACUUCAGCACAGCCUUCCUACAGGGCAGCCUGCACCAGGAGAUCUGGCUGCGCCGCCCACCUGGCUUGACUGGGUCGUUUCCUGCUGGUACCCAGUGGAGCCUCCGGCAGCCAGUCUACAGUCUCCGCCAGGCACCCCGUGAGUGGCACGACACACUCAAGACGACUCUUGCUGCUCUUGGUUUUGCUCCUUCCACUUCUGACCCUUCUCUGUUUUUACGCACUGACACUACUCUGCCGUCGUUCUACGUUCUCGUGUACGUAGACGACCUCGUCUUUGCUACUGCUAACACUGAGGCACUCGCCCACGUGAAGUCCGAGCUGCAGAAGAGACACACGUGCAUAGACCUGGGUGAGCUGACAAGCUAUCUUGGCUUGCGGAUCACCCGGGACAGAGCACAACGCACCAUUACCUUGACUCAGUCACACAUGGUGCAGCAGGUCCUUCAGCGCUUCGGCUUCACGUACUCCUCGCCACAGUCCACUCCUCUGCCUACCGGUCACUCGCUCUCAGCUCCACCUUCGGACGAGUCCGUAGAGCCGAGUGGCCCGUAUCCAGAGCUUGUGCGCUGCCUCAUGUACCUGAUGACUUGCACACGACCUGACCUCGCAUACCCUCUCAGCCUUCUGGCUCGCUACGUGGCUCCCGGUAGGCACCGAAAGGUGCACUGGGAUGCUGCGAAGAGGGUGUUGCGAUACUUGUGCAGUACAUCGGGCAUGGGGCUCGUGCUUGGAGGACGGGCUCGAGUUGUCCUCGCUGGUCACGCAGAUGCCUCCUAG